CCUCAUAACACUGAAUGAAUAAUACCAUGACCCCCCAGUGUAGCACUGGAUCUAAAUUACGCAACACAAAUUAUGGUAGGCUACAUCACCCAUCUCCUACACACACAUUUUCACUCAAACACACACCUUCAUCAUUGUAAUCGCAUGACACAUUUACCUGGUACUAAACAUAAACUUUCAAGACUAAAUUAUUAAAAUUGAUCACAUUACACAUAAUUUCAAACAUAUAGGAUAAAUUAAAUAGAACUUUUUAAUUUCAUUUUAAAACGUAAUCUUGUGGUCUUAUGAAGUUACUGUAUGUGAAUAUCAUAAGGUGCAUAGGACUUGAAUGGCUACAGUCACACAAUAGUGAAUUACAAAUUUUAAAAUUGACACAUAUUCAGCAAUGCAGCUUGUCUCCUAGGACUAAACACUUAGGUCCGGUCAUUGGCAUUGUUACAAACUAGGGGGCCCACUAGUUUACGGCAUAUGUCUAAUGACUAUACAAAUUCAUUUAAACAAGUAAACAAUCAAAUUUAUGUUAUUAUCAAGUGUGACUGGCCUGCACGUCAAAUGCACAGGGAAGGAUUGUAGAAACUGAAUUACAUAUAUAUAUAUAUAUACCAUCAGCAUCGCCCUGGAAACCAACGAGUAGCACCUGGACACUCCCAUCACCGGCUGAUCGGUCACAGAUGGUGCUCGUUACCUGCCGACUUGAAAAAGCCACGAGGCACGCCAGAAGGUUGAGCAUAGACUCCCGACAAGCUGCCACUAAUGUAGUCUCUUCAUUUUCUUCCAGACAGCAGCGUGUGAACUGGUCAGCCUUCACCCCCCAGCACGGACUCACCGCUUCACCAAGUCACCCAGAACAGAGAGAGCACUGCAGCACUUAUCACGCCUUGGGACAAUAACGCACCCGUAUUAUUAUUUGAAUCCACUCUUCGGUGUAUUGAUUCUGAGCCCUCCUUGCCAUGUGUUUCCUUCACCCCGUCACACUAGUGGAGAAUGCGGGCAAGUUUGUGAAGGAAAAUGUCGGCAAGUGAUCUCAUUUUCCCCCCAAACUUUUUUUUCUUUCAUACCCUUUCAUACACUCAUCAACAUCGUUCGGGCGAGCAUCCUGGCCCCAAGGCCGGAAUCCAAGGUCUUCAUCCUCAUAACCUGUGUGAAACACGGCAAGUACCCGCCAGAAGAAUCAACCUGACGGCCCUGUCGUUCACCUGGCUCGUUGAAGUUGGCAUCGUCAAGGACCUACCUGUUCCUGUGCUGCUAGGAUGAGACUGGCCGGGGUUCGACAUCCUGUUAGCCACCGCUUCCCAGCUGGCCUACCACAGAGGGAACCGUAGACAACGGAGGUCAGCAAAAGGGACCCAACACCAACCAACGCUGCUGGCUUCUGACAGUGGGAGAGAAGGUGAGUCCCCCUCUCAAAACGCUAAUCUUUUCUAUGAUGUGUUCCAACAGGUUACGGGAGGGGGCUCCUUUGCCAGGGCCCAAAAAAAGGAUGACCGGCUAAAACACUGUUGGCCCCAGGUUCGCGUCACAAAGGGAAAGGAUGUACGGCCUGGGCCCCAUCCUCUCCCACACUUUGUCCAAAAUGGCCUAUUGUAUUGCAUCGUCCAGCGGAGGGGGGAGUAGAAAUUACUGUUAGUGGUUCCCCAGUCCACAAGCACCUCCUCGUUAUCGUGGACUAUGCCACCCGAUACCCGGAAGCUGUGCCUCUACGAAAAGCCACAGCCAAAGCCAUCGCAAAGGAGAUCACCUGGGAGAUCACUCAGUCUACCUGGGGCCCCAGCCACGUUCCAGCAAAUGAUGGAUAUCAUCCUCUGGCCCCACCAGUCCUACGCAGCCGCUUACCUCGAUGACGUAGUCAUUCAUUCUGAAACCUCGGAGGAUCACAUUGAUCGACUACGGAAGGUACUGUCCGAGCUCCAACGGGUUGGACUCACAGCCAACCCCUGAAAAUGUCACUGGGCACAAUUCGAAGCUAAGUACCUGGGUUUUCAAGUCAGGAGGGGUCUCAUCUGGCCCCAAGAGAAGAAAGCAGAAGUCGUACGAAAUGCCCCAAGACAAGACCCAGUUUCCUCCCUGACAGAUCUGACAAGGAAGGGGCAACCCGGAGAAGGUGGUAUGGACACCAGCCAUGGAGGAGGCGUUCAAGAAGAUCAAGGAGGCUUUGCAAGAGGAACUGGAUAACAUAGAUUUAGACUUCGACCUGGCACCACCCCUGUAUUCUGAGUUCCUGAGUCCCUCCAGCCAUCCUGAAUGCCCGCUGAUUCAGUCCUGCUGCCCUGAAUGCCCGCUGCACUCCCUGCCAGUGCCCGUGCCUCGAUCGCUCCCUGCCAGUGCCCGUGCCUCGAUCGCUCCCUCCAGUGCCCGCGCAGCCAGCGCUCCCUCCAGUGCCCGCGCAGCCAGCGCUCCCUCCAGUGCCCGCGCAGCCAGCACCGCCUCCAGUGCCCGCGCAGCCAGCACCGCCUCCAGUGUCUACAAUGUCUACCUCAUCAUCCGGCUUUCGAGUCCUGGACUCCACCUCGGCCUGUAGACCCGUCGGCUUCCCCUUGGCUCCUAGCUCCCUCCUCUCCACCGUGGUCCAUCAGUCUACCAGCUCCUCCAUCGUCCCUCUGAGUCCGCCUUGGUCUGUCGUCGACCAUCCGUCGCCUCAGGAUUCCUCUCCUCCGGCUUCGCCUCGUCCCUCCAUCCCUCCGGCUCUGUCAGGCUCCUCCAUCCCUCCGGAUCCACCUCAGUCCUCUGUCGCUCUGGCUCCUUCUCGUCCCCCAUCUUUGCAUUGGUCACCAAAGCCUGCCGCUUCGCCUAGGUCCUCCAGCGCCUCGGUGUCACCCUGGCUCUUUGGCUCUCCGCCUCCACCUCCACCUCAGUCUCCUCCACCACCUGCUCUGCUGCCAUCGGUCGCGCCCAUGUCGUCAUCGGCCAUUUCUCCUUCAUGGCUCCUCCCUCCGUCGGCUCCACUGUGGACCAUCAUGGCUGGGUCCUCUGGAUCUCCUCCUGCUCCGGACUGUCUCCUCCCUGGCUCCUCCCUCUAUCUACACCUUCCUGGACUCUGCCCAUCCUGGGGGCCCGUCCUCCACCGGAACCAUCUCCCAAGUUAUGAGUGA